ACGGGCCCGCGAGCUUAAAUUAGCCACCAGGCACGCCGGCUCCCGUGAUUUCGAAGCGUCGAGAGCACGAUCCGGCAAGCGCGCAAUGGCACGGGCCCGGACUAGGAGAAGCGAGAUGACGGGCCGUCUCCACCUGCUGCACCUGAUAUCACCGCGACACCGCGCACCACGACGCCGAGCUGCGCCAUUCGCGACCUUUGUUCGGUGCGGCAGCGAGGGCUUGGGGGUUCCUGCAUAUGGUUGUCAUGACAAAGACGUGGCGUCUGCCGAGCGAGAGGAGGAAGAAUUUGGAAGAGGCGUUCGAGGUUUUGGACGGCACAAUCGGUUCCUGGCCCGUUCUGAAGGGUGCAUUUAUUGCCGACCCCCGUGGAGGAAUCCUGCGUGGGUGAUGCGGGUGGCAAUCUACAUGCAGGAACCGCGAAAAGAAGUGCUGGGCAUCAUAUUGCGGCGUCGUCAACUAUUGCUUCAUGGGCUCCCAGCUGCUCAAUUCGGACUCCACGUGCUACCACUGACGUCUCCCAAGCUUUGCCCGAGCAAAUCUGUCCAUUCAGGCCGUCUAUCUUCGUUCUCGAUUCGUUCAACGUCUGCUCUAUGUUUUGUCGAUAAGGCGCCUUUUCCUAGGAUAUCUAGUCCAAACCUGACUUGUCAUGAAAAUAACCAACGGUCGCACCUGCACCCUCACGCGUACCGCUACAACGGUCGUCUAUGGUGCAUCUGCAGCCUCAAUUCGUGGAACUUAUUGAGCUCCGCAUGAGCUGGUGGGAUCCUGUGUUUCGUUUUGUCAGCCCUUUCCAUUUUGUGCGGAGCCAGCUGCAUGGAUUACCCCUUCUGGAACCCUGGCCAUGCUUCCGUUGACUGCAAUAUAUACCACCGGCAACCCCCGAGGGACCUGCUCACCGCCUU